AGCCUCUGGGAAGAUCCCAAUUCCUCAGAGUAUUUACUGUAGUCUGUAUAUGAAAAGUAAAGAAGAGUGUUAAGGAUAACUCGGGUAGCGUCACUCGUGUGCGGGCCUUUUCGCCAUUGACUCAUUGUAUCAGUGAAAAGUGAAACUGAAAAAUAGCGUCAAGGUCUAUCUAUGUCGUCGUCAUCGUCGGGAGAACUGAAGAGGAAGCGAGCCGAGAUGGAGAUCGUAUGGCAAACCCCUGCGAACCCACCGGAGCGCCAUGAUUACAUCUUCCGCAAUGGAAGGCGCCACGUCAAGCCCUACUACUUCGAGUUCAUCUCUCAUGUUAAGAACCGAUGGGCUGGGAAAACCAUUGUUGAUCUUUUUGCUGAAGAGUUCAAAGGAAGGCCAUAUGACUAUUAUGUUAGUGCUGUAAAAGCUGGGAGGAUUCAAGUUGAUGGGCAGAUUGUUCCAGUUUCAUAUAUAGUUCAACCCUCACAGAAAAUAAGUCACUUUCUACACAGGCAUGAACCACCAGUGAUGGCAUGGGACGUCUCAAUUAUACAGGAAGAACCUGAUGUCCUGACUGUUUGUAAGCCUGCAUCUGUUCCGGUUCAUCCAUGUGGUCAAUAUCGUAAGAACACUGUUGUUGGCAUUCUUCAGGCUGAACAUAGCCUAGCACCCUUGUUUCCUGUGCAUCGAUUAGAUCGUCUGGUCUCUGGGAUCCUUAUCUUGGCUAAAAGUGCUGCAAAAGCAGAUCUAUUUAGGGUACAGAUUGAGGCUGGGAUGGUGCAUAAACAGUAUAUGGCGAAAGUCAUUGGGAUAUUUCCUGAGGAAGAGCAAGUUGUCAAUGUGAAUGUAAAUUACAAUGCUAGAGAAGGGAGAAGCUCAGUUGAGGUGGGUGACUGCCAUGGUAGUACACCUUUGAAGGGGAAAGCUGCAUGUACAAAGUUUACUCGGAUUAGUACUAAUGGAACUCAUAGUAUUGUCUUGUGCGAACCAAUCACUGGUCGUACCCAUCAGAUUCGUGUCCACUUGCAAUAUCUGGGCCAUCCUAUAGCCAAUGACAUGCUUUAUCUCUCUGAAGUAAUUGCUGAUCGAUCUAUUGAAGGAAUGAGUGCUGAUAGAGCAGCUGCUGGGCGUUCUUCAAUAUCCACAUUUCCUUGCUCAAAUCGUUUUGAUGAGUAUGAGAACUCUGGGGAAGACUUCAGUAUUGACCCCAUGUGUACAAACUGUCCAAAUUUAGCUCCUAAAGGAUAUGAUGGACAUGAAGAACCCUUGUGGCUUCAUUGCAUGAGGUAUUCGGGACCUGAUUGGGUUUAUGAAUGCCCAAACCCGGAUUGGGCAUUUCUUAGCUAAUAUCAAGAUCAUGAAUGUGCACAUCCAGAUUGAGCUUCUAAAUCCAAUUGAGAGAUUUUGUUCUUGGUAAAAAAAAUCGAGAGACUAGAGAAGAGAGGAGGGAUUAAUGAGCUUGGAGUUAAAUGAUGUAAAAUGGGGAAAACAAGGAGCGCAGAAGCCUUUUGGCUGUUAAUAUGUUCUCUUUUGUAGUAAGGCCUCUUUGAAUAUUAUUA